AAGUAGCCGACCUCGGAGUUGUAUGUAUAGUGAGACGGUGAAGACGCAAAGAAGAUCCAAAGUAGCGUAAGCGCCAAACAGAUCCAACGCCUGUGGUCUUCCCUCGGUCACCGCUUUCCAUCUCCUCCGUCCAAUCCCCUAUCUCCCUUUGUCCUUAUAGUAUUUAGCGUUGUUGUGUAGUUGAUUUCUAAGUUAAAGGCCGUUUAUAUUCUCUUUCUCUCCAUCUCCAUUUUCAUCUGCAACAAUCCCAUCACCAUUCUUAUUCAAUCCGCAUUCUUCAUUAUUAAUAAUUAUCAUUAUCCACAGCUACCGCGACACUUUAUAUAUAUAUGGACACAGUGCUGGUACCUCCUUGGCUUGAACAACUUCUACACACACCCUUCUUCAGCGUGUGUCGGAUUCACGCAGACGCCGCUAGGAGCGAAUGUAACAUGUUCUGCCUAGACUGUAAUAAUGCUGAUGCCUUUUGCUUCUAUUGCCGUUCUUCCAGACACAAAGAUCAUCAAGUCAUUCAGAUAAGGCGAUCCUCGUACCACGAUGUGGUGAGAGUGGCUGAAAUUCAGAAGAUGUUAGACAUCAGUGGAGUGCAGACGUAUGUGAUCAACAGUGCGCGAGUGUUGUUCCUUAACGUGAGGCCCCAGCCAAAAUCUGGAAAAGGAGUAGCUCACAUUUGUGAGAUUUGCGGAAGGAGCCUCUUGGACCCGUUUCGGUUCUGUUCUUUGGGAUGUAAGCUUGAAGGAAUAAAGAAAAAUGGGGAUGCAAGCUUUGCUUUGGAUGGUGGGAAUGAAGAAUUGACAAUGGAUGCUACUAGAAAGGGAUCGGUCUCAUCGAGACAGCAAGAAGAAGGAUUGCGUGAUGGAUCAACACAAGACAUGUAUCCAGCCACGCCUCCUCCACCUGCUUCCAAUGCAAGGAGAAGAAAAGGCAUUCCUCAUAGGGCACCUUUUGCUUCAUGAAUCCCAAUCCUUAUGCUUAUUUAUUCCAUUCCUUCUACCCUACAAUUUGGUACAUAUUCAAUAUUUAUUCAACCUCAUCACCAUUUUUUAUUUUAUUUUUUCUUGUAAUAUAGGUGGGAAACCUCGUCAUUAUAAAUUUUUUCAAUAAAAAUCAAAAAGAAUAGGAGGGGGGUUUGUUUGUCCAAGGUCCGUGAUGUGGGAAAAGAAAAGGGUAUAUAGGAAAGUUCCCUCUUUUCGAUCGAGUAAAAUAAAAAAAUAACAAAUUCCCCCUUGUGAGUUGUGAAGAUUCAAUAAUGCAGAUUUGAUUAAUAGUUAAUUGUUGUGGGUGCAUCCGUAAUUAAGGAAUAAAAA